AUGGCUCCUGCGACUCGCCCCGACUACAAGCUCAAUCUCGAGGGCCUGCCUCCCAUCACCAUGGGCCAGACUCGCUCCGCAAACACGUCACAGGCCAACUCUCCCAUCGAACCGCCUGCCGGGUCAGGCUCACGCUAUCCCUUUGGCAAUGGUUUAGGGAACAACAGCAACCAGGCGGGCACUGGACGAGCUGGAGCAGGCUCUCCAUCCAAAGAAUACGGUAGUCGCUUGUUCCCCAAGCGUGCACGAGAGAUACAGGCACAAGAAGGACUGUCACCGCAGAUCUGGGGCCCACCCACCACUGGCAGUGGACAUUCAACACCGCUCAGAGAGACCAUCCCCGAAUCCCCAGGAAGCGACAGCUUCCCCGACUUCGACGCCGGCCAAAUAGGUGGCGGCAGUCCAGGCUCGCUUUCAGCAUCGAAUUCCGUCCGACGUACUCGAGCCGGCACCGUACCUUCACGAUUCCCAGUCAUGGGCUCGCUCAACAGCUCCCAGAAUUCUUUAUUCUCGAAAUCCCGUGGCCCAACGCCAUCUUCUAGUCCGUAUCAAGGUGGCAGCGGCUCGCCUUCUCUGGCUGAUCAGCAAGCUGCCGCUGGUGCCCCACCUGCUAGUAAUGCCGCCCUACUUUCACGUUUAAGAGCUGGGUCGAUGCCACAGCGAGCAAGUCUUUUGAACGCGUCGAGCCCGUUUGGUAGCUCGCUGUUCGCCAGCAACUGGAUGUCAGGAAGAGAUCGUGCGAGUACUUUGCAAAGUAUCCGGUCGUCAGAUGGACCAUCCUCGCCAAAUCAGUCGCCGGCAGACAAUGAUGUGAGGACUUUGGACUACUUGGGCCUCGUCGACACACCACAGUCUGGUAGAAACGGCAUGGAUCUGCUUGGAGGACAGCAACGACUGAAUGGCGCUGGAGGCGUGACCAUUGCUGAUUUGGCCGCGUUGAACGCUUUCAACAAUAAGAACACGGCAAAUCGAUUCCGAUCAUACUCUGUGAACGCCAAGGAGAAGUACGCGGAUGCUCCAGACGACGACUUGGACGAGUACGAGGCUCUUCAACAGCAGUUAUACUCUGGCACGCUGACGCCGAAUGUUGAAACGGCUGCGCAGGCGGCUGCCAUCCACGAAGCCGUCCGCCAACACAACCUUGAGGUUCAGGCAUUUGCAAACUUUGCAAGUGCGAAUCGUCCGAGAGCAAGGACUGCGGGUGUUUUGGAUUCGCCGUCGUCUCGAGUACUGCGAAACUACAUGCCCACGCCAUCCCGUCUGGACAACAGUAUCACUGCAGCAGACUUGCAAAGCAACGAUGGAUCUGAGUUCAGUGGACUUGCGUCUGCCGUUCAAAACAUGAACCUCAACAAGAAAGCGCCACAUGAGCCAGGAAUGGACGCCAGCUUGGAAGCGCCCACCAGGGCUCUAUGGUUGGGGAACAUCCCUUCGUCGACCACUGUCUCCUCACUGAACCACAUUUUUUGCCAUUUUGGACCGAUUGAGUUUGUACGAGUUUUGACACACAAGAGCUGUGGCUUCGUCAACUUCGAGAAUGUGCAGAGUGCGAUUGCAGCCAAGGCACAAUGCAAUGGCAAAGAGAUCUUCCCAGGGUGUGGCCCAAUCAGGAUUGGGUUCGCGAAGGAGCAGAGCGCAUCGAAUACGCCUGGAGCCAAUGGUGCCUACCCAUCGCCGAGUCCUGAUCCAUUCGUAUCGAAAUCUCGCAUCGACAGCUCCAUGGCUGGUGGUGGUGCUGCACCUGGUGGUAACAUCAAUGCCGAGACAGCUGCGGCCGCUCUGGUUACGCCCAACUUGAUGGACCUGCGCGAAGAGAUCUUCAGCAUUGUUCAGCAAUUUGGUGCAGCACAGGACGAUCAGACACGCAUUGCUGCAAGCCUGGAGGAUGCGAUGAGCUACGAUGGUCACGCUUCCGAAAUCUCGACAAUCCCAGAGCCCAAUCAUAGCCGCGUUCACGAUGCGCCGAGGCUGCGAGAAAUCCGCAAACGAAUCGAUAACAACUCGUGCUCGCCGAUGGAGAUUGAGAACAUUGCCAUGGACAUGCUGCCAGAGAUUGCCGAGCUGUCAUCCGACUACCUGGGCAACACGGUAGUGCAGAAGCUGUUCGAGCACUGCUCCGAAGAGACCAAGGAGGCCAUGCUCGCUGAGAUUGCACCACACUUGGCAGAAAUCGGUGUGCACAAGAACGGUACCUGGGCUGCUCAGAAGAUCAUCGAUGUGGCCAGGACUCCCAGCCAGAUGCACAUGAUUGUGGACGCUCUCAAGCCUCAUGGCGUGAACCUUUUCCUGGACCAAUACGGCAACUACGUUAUGCAGUGUUGCCUGCGGUUCCAGGCUCCUCUCAACAACUUCAUCUUCGACACGAUGCUGAACAGACUGUGGGAUGUUGCUCAAGGCCGAUUCGGCGCUCGCGCCAUGCGUGCAUGCCUUGAGAGCCACUUCGCCACUACCGACCAGAAGAGACUGAUGGCUGCAGCCAUCGCUCUCCACAGCGUUCAGCUUGCUACGAACUCCAACGGCGCCCUCCUUUUGACCUGGUUCCUGGACACUUGCACCUUCCCCAGACGCCGUUCUGUACUAGCACCAAGAUUGAUUCCUCACCUUGUACACCUGUGCACCCACAAAGUUGCUUACUUGACUGUAUUAAAAAUUAUCAACCAACGAAACGAGAACGACGCACGGGACAGCAUUCUACGUGCUCUCUUCUUCGACGAGCAGACUCUUACCGAUAUCGUCAGCGACCACUCAUGUGGAGCGACUUUGAUCUUCAAGGUUCUUACCACUCCUUUUCUGGACGAGAGCAUUCGCCCAGAGUGUUUGGAAAAUGUACGCAACGUUCUCCUCCGCAUCAAGGCGCAACCCUCCCAGGGAUACAAGCGUCUGAUGGACGAGGUUGGCCUGUCCACUCGCCAUGGGGGAACUCCAGUCAGCCACGAUGGCCGCUCGAAUUCGAAGACCAGGCCAAUGAACGGCCAUCUGCCGCAUCUCGAUACAAACCAGAAUGCAUAUGGUCGGUCGCCAUACGGCAACAUGGUGCCGCAGCAGACGCAGAUCGAGCAAAGCAUCAGUCCCAACCUUCAACGCACCAUCAGCAUGGAUUCCAACAGUUUCGACCCCUACGUCCAGCAAUACACCCAUAGCCCUGCCAUGUCCAAUGCCGGCAUUAGUCCGAUCAACCCCGUUCAGUACCAGCAAGCGAUGCUUCAAGGACAAAUUAGACGGCCACCAGGUUUCUAUGGUGGCAGCCCUGGUGGCAUGACUCCUGUUGGCGGUAUGCCGAACGGAAUGGCCUUUGGUACUGGCUCCCCUGCACCGCAGAUGAUGGAUCCUUACCGGCAAAACAUCAACGGCUCGCCAAUGGUCCCGCCAGGCAUGGGAAUGCAGACUGGAUAUCAGCAGCAGGGCUUUGGCAAUCCGAUGAUGGGUAUGAACGGCGGCAUGAACGGCUAUGGGCAGUUUCAGAUGCCACAGUUCUACCCUCAAGGCCAAAUGCAAGGACAGAUGGGGGGAAACAACCGGAGAGGCAGAGUAAGUUGA